UUAUAAGUUCGUUUACACUCGCAUUCAGCGCCUUUAAUUCUUACUGUCUUUAGGUCACAGCAUUUUGGCAGGUUGCUGACGGCUUCAUCAUCAGCAGUCAAUUAUAUGCAAUGCAUUGAUGCGAGAAUAGAAGCACUGGAGGAUAACGCCUGCAUACGUCAGCCCAUAGAGUAUAGUAGGAAUGAAUAGAAUCAGUCAUCUACUAACUAACAUCUACUAAGCUCAACUAACUUCGAGAAUAGGUGCCAGUAAGUUUAUUGGAUCUGGUGAAACGAUGACCUCAAGACUACAGCGUCGGCGCACGCACAUGUUGCGCAAGACAGCGCGCGUGUUCUUUAGCUCGCCAUUCGGCGGGCUGGAGGAAGAGAGGGAGGAGCUCACUAAGAAAUACUGGCCUCAGCUUGAGAGCAUGUGUAGCAAGGCGGGCUACGAGUUCAUCCCUGUGGACCUGCGGUGGGGCAUCACGUCCGAGAUGUCAUCUAGCGCCGUCACAAUCAAGGUCUGCCUGAGCGAGAUGGACCGCUCCGACAUGAUUGUUGGCUUCUUUGGGCAGCGCUAUGGCUGGCAUGGCAACAAUGAGCUGCUGCAGAAGAGCUUUGACGUGGCCGCCGUCAAGUACCCGUGGGUGAACGAGUACCGGGACCGCGCGGUCACCGAGCUGGAAUUCCUUCACGGUCACCUAAGGAACCCUGGAGCACGGCCUGCUUGCUUCUUCUUCAGGGAUAAGGCGUAUGAUGACAAGAAACUUGAAGAAGCCCUUGCAAAAGACGACCAGCAACAAAUUCGCAAAUUCCGCGCCAUCACAGAUGGACCAAACGCUGCCGAGCUACUGGAUAAUCUGAAGCGCAGAGUAGAGGACACAUGGGAUAAGUGUUUAGCAGUGCACAUGAGUUACGCGACUCCCCAGGAAGGUGCUCGUCUUAUGUUUGAGACUAUCAAGAAAUACUUUAACGAGGUGCUCCUGGCAUCCCCUGCCGAGUCCCUUAAGGAACAAGACCUCGAGAACGUCCAACAUGACGUGUUCCUAGCCAGUAGGCUUGGCAUGGGCGGGGCUUACGUGGGCGGGGCUAAGUACAUAUCCAUGAUUGACAGACAUUUAUCAACCAAGGGGCAGAGCAGGCCAAUUGUUGUUCUAGGAAAUGCAGGUAGCGGAAAAUCAUGUCUACUCAGCAAUUGGAUAACGGCUCAUCAACUUCGUCACCCCACUGACGUAAUUGUCUAUCAUUUUGUGGGCUCAUCCAGCGAAAGCACAGUUCCAAAGUUUCUCCUCUCGAGACUUGUGAACGAGCUGUUUGAGGAAGUCCAAGAAAAGCAGAUCAAUAAUAACGUCACUUUCGGUCCCUUGGAUGAAGGCCUGAGAGCUGCUAGCAGUGAUAACGAGCCUGACCUUAUAAGGAAGAUUCGGGCGCUAACUGCGAAGCUCACGGAGACUGGAGCUAGUGUUUUCCUUGUGGUUGAUGCGUUGAACAAAGUGGACGUGACGGGACAAACAAUGAAGGCUCUUUAUUGGCUCCCUAAAGACCUACCACAUGGAGCCCAUCUAGUUGCAUCGACGCUUGCCUCCGACACAGCCAAUAUACGGGAACUUGAGACCAGAGGCUGUGAGACCAUAUCCAUAGCUGCACUUCAGCACAGCGAGCGUGAAGAGAUAGCACUGGCGACGUUGAAAAUUCGCGGGAAAACCCUGUCAACACAGCAACGCGAGAGAAUAUUCCAGAAGCAACAGACCCAGAAUCCUCUUUACUUGAAAACGUUACUUCAGGAAUUGCUGAGUUUUGGAGAAUUUUUCCAGCUAGAUGCGUACAUCGACGAUCUGUUGGAAGCCAACGACACUAAGGGAUUGUUCACAAAGUUUCUCAAACGAUUGGAAACUGAUUACAAUCCCGAGGACUUUGACGGCAACUUGAUAGAACAGGUCCUGAGCUGUAUUCUGGUAUGUAGACAAGGUUUAUCUGAGAACGAGCUCAAGUCCAUAUUACAGAUCAGCGAUCAGAACUGGUCUGCUCUCUAUUUCGCGCUCGAUGACUUCCUGGUUUUUCGCUCCGGCUUAUACAAUUUUGCGUACGACGAGCUCCGUGACGCUGUGCAAGAGCGGUAUUGCCAAAGCAGCGAAAAGCGCAAAGAGUUCAUCGUAAAGGUGGUGAAUUACUUCGAGGAGAAACUUGGGGGGCGUAGUCUGAUGUACGAUACCACUAUUCCCACGCGAGUGCUCAAGGAGCUAUCCUGGCUGCUGAAGAACCUGGGAGAUAGCGAUCGGCUCGUGGCUUGCCUGCUUCACCCCGCCGUCUUCUACUCUCUCAGAAGUGGUCUUGAUCAAUACGAUUUGGCCAAUUACUGGGCUGUAUCCGGGCUGGAUGGUGACACAAUCGUUGCUAAGCAAAAAAAAGUGAUUGACGACCAGAUGAUAUUGUUCUACAAUGAAGCCAUCGAUAAGGGAAAUGACCAGAAAAGCGCACUAAGAAAGAUGUCUCACUUUGUGUACGAGCUGGCCCAGUUCCUCGAGAAUGCAGGAUAUCUCAGCUCUGUGGAGCCGCUUCUCGAACGAGCCCUACAAAUGGAGCGAGCUCUGUACGGCGAGGAUGCCAUCCAGACCGACGCCGACGCAGCCGAGCGUUACGUGAAUAUCGCCAACACCCUGGCAUGUCUCUACGUCGACACGGAGCAGUUUGAUAAAGCAGAUACCAUGCAUAGAGAAGUGCUGCAUAUCAAGGAAAAGUUCGCCGAAAAGUGGGAGCGUGGAGCCUACUAUCUAGCGGUUGGCUAUAAUGGCCUUGGCGUGCUCAACUACCGGCAAAACAAAUUUAAAGAAGCGGAGGAAUUUUAUAACAAAGCGUUGGAGAAGCAUCACGAAGCAAAGUCAGGGCUAAAGGAGAUCGCUGAACUGCACAAUAACAUCGGCGUCACGCACUUCUCGAUGGGUGAAUACAACAAAGCCGCCAACUCAUUCGAGGAGGCGCUGAAGCUGUACGAUGAGGUGUUCUUUGGUCACCUGCCACCGGAUGUGGGAGGAACUAUCCUUAACCUAGCCAUGAUCUACCGACGACUUGAAGGGAAGCACGCGAAGGCAGAGCCUCUUUAUCAAAGAGCGCUGGAGAUCCGUGAAAACGCUUAUGGCCCAAACCAUCACGAGGUCGGACAGACACUGCUGAGCUACUCGGCCUAUGUACUGUACAGCGACUCGGCCAAGGCCGUGGAGUUAGCUAAGCGAGCCGUGGGGAUAUACGAGGCUUCGCUAGGGCUGAGUCAUAUAAACACCCUUAAUGCCCUUGAAAAUGUGGCCCUUGGCUACCUCGUCAUGGACAAGAAAGACGAAGCACAUGAAUACUUCAAGAAAGCAGGUGAGGAGAAAAGUAAAACGGGCCGUAUGGAGACCUCCAUUCAGAAAAUGAAUGCGAUAAUGGCGGACUAUUAUCUAAACAGCGGACAGAACGACGAAGCGCGCCAGCUUUUCAGUCGAAUUGUACAAGCAAGCUGGGCCACGGAACGUGAUUUCGCGGCACUGGACUUCCUGGACUCCGAACUACCGGAACGACCAGCCAGGCCCUUUGAACACAGUGUGGAACACGCGAUUAAAAAGUUUCCCAAAAGCCAGAUGCUGCUCGGCCGACUACAGGUCAAAUAUUCCAAGUCAGGUAACGCGCGGUCCAUGCUCCAAGUCCUGGCAAAUGGCGACUUUGGCGUGGAGCAAUAUAAUCUCGCGUAUAAAAGCUUUAACGAGGAAAACCACAAACGAGAGGGCAUGGAAAUACUCAUUGAGGCGCACAACAAGUUCCCGGAAGAUAAGAUCAUUAUGCAUAAUCUGAGUGAUGCGCAUGCGCACUACAGGGAGUACAAGGCCGCUUGCGCAGUGCUUCAGAAGUUGAUGAAAGCUGGUGACGACCCCGAGGUGGCGACACUUGAGUUGUACGCGCGCAUGCUCAGUUUAUCAGGGCGCCCUCAUGACGGCAGAGAGAUGUACGCUAAAGCUCUGAAGCAAGCGGAGAAGACUGGUGACGAGGAGGCUUUUAAUAGGUUGAACUCAACGGUGAAACUGCUAAACGAAAUGUAGUGCAGCCAAUGAUGAUGCAGCUCUGAAUACGACACUCGGCCUAUGAAUGAACAAUGAAUGAAUAUUAGGAGCAAUUGAAUUGGACAAGGAGAGAUGCACUUUAACCGCGACACGACACGUCACUUCAUGAGAUCACACGCGCGGAUGAAGGGGGGUGGGUGAGGGGGGGUGGGGGCGAGACUCUCCUUUCACCCCUUGACAAGAUAUAGAGCAUUACAGUCAUAUAGACAAUUUAAAUACGACGCGAAACAAGCAGAUUACUCUCUGCGCACAUAAUAAACAUGGGGUACACGAAAUUUGCUUUUGAAAGUCUGAAAAAAAUGUAAGACGCUGAAAAGAAAUGCAAAAAUGAUGAAUAUCGUUUAUCAAAUUUUAUUUGAACGAUGUCAGACAUGUGUACUGAUUGAGUCAACUCUUGCAUUGAUUGAUUUGCCAAAUCAAGGACAGUAUACAUCUUUAGGCAUUUGUUCUUUUAAAUAGUUUUUGUUAACCAGGUAAGAUGUUCACACUUAAAAUUUGCUAUGAUGCAAUAAGGAGACAAUAAAGACAAAGUGCAACCAG